GGAUUAGCCCAUACCGAGCACGUGAUUUCACUGAAGUCAUGGUCAUCCAGCGAAUUUGUAAGUGACGGCCAUCUUGAUUCGCAGUUAGUGAAGGGAGUGGUGUCUGGGUAUCUCAGUUUCUAGAUCCAGUCUAAAAUAAAAAGCAAACUUCGUAGGAGGCGUUUCAAUAAGUUAUAUAAACAACAAAAUUGUUCAAGAAUCUGUAGGCCUACUCCAGACAUUGCUGAGAGGUUUGGUUCACACAGGGUCAGAAUAUCAAAGAGUAACAUCUAAUUUGUAGGAUUAAAGAAUCUGGUGACAAAAUGACAACAUUAACGGUAGAAGGUGUAAAAGGAAUAAUAUUAACGGCCUUGUUCCUGUUGACUUUCAUCGUGGGAGUAAUCCCAGUCAAAUUGGUGAAUGUAUGGAAAAGGCGCUCGAUGACGGCAGACCAGGCGUCAACGAUUAACUCACAAUCUAAUUCAGAUAAUCAGGAUGACAGUGGAUUGAAACCGUUGUUUAAAAAAGUGAUAGGUUUAUUGAGUUGUUUUGCGGCUGGUGUAUUUUUAGCGACAUGUUUUUUGGAUCUGUUACCGGGCGUACGACGAACAAUGACUCACGUCCUGUAUUCGUUCAAUAUUUUUACUGGUUUUCCCAUCUCGGAAUUUGUCAUGGUCCUGGGAUUCUUCGUGAUAUUAAUAACGGAACAGAUUGUUUUAACGUACAAAGAAAAACGUAUCCAUGAUAAUUCCGUAUCCAGCGACAAAAAACCUCUUUUAACGAACGAAAAUGAGAAUUGGCAAGAGGAGAGUGGACGCAGUGACCAUUCCAUAACUGGUAUCCGUGAUGAACCCGAUUUCGAAGCAAGUUUUCAGGGCGAGAAGCAAACAAGAUUGAUCAGAAGCGAUUCUUACAGCCAUCGGAACAAUAAUUUACCACAUUCAUCCCUGCGCUCGCUUAUUCUCUUAAUAGCUUUAUCUAUGCAUUCUGUAUUCGAAGGUCUGGCCGUCGGUUUACAGAAAACUACCGGCGACGUCGUUGGAAUUUUCGCAGCGUUGAUUCUCCAUAAGAGUAUCCUUGGAUUCAGUUUAGGACUUAAUCUUGUACAAAGCAGACUUUCGCAGAGCUUGGUUAUUCGCUCAAUCUUCGGUUUUUCUAUAUCGGCACCCCUGGGUGUUGGUGUGGGAAUGGGUAUUAUGAAUCUGUGGGACUCGACGACUUCUAGUCUGGUGCAAGGAUUGUUGCAGGGUAUCGCCACCGGGACCUUCGUUUACGUGACAUUCUUUGAAGUGCUUCCCCAUGAGUUUAACAGUCAGACUAAUCGUUUGUUGAAGGUGCUGUUCUUGAUUUUAGGGUACAGCACAGUCACGGGGAUUCUGUUUUUAAGCGGAGAUAUUAAAAAACCCUUUUGUGUUGUAGAAUCAGAAAUGAACGGAAAUCACAAGUGAUAUUAAUUGUUUAAAUAUUUCAUUUAAAAGGAAUCUUGAUGAAUUGUGAUGAAAGUAAAAGAUACCGGUGAAUGGAAGGUAUGAUGCCCAUGUGGUCGAUUUAAAGAGACAAUAUCAGGCACAAAUUAUUACACAAUGUAUAUAGGCUUAUGUUAUUGGAGGGGGUUGGAUGGCUGAAUGGUUAGCACACGCAUUGUAUCAUAAGGUCUGUCAUUGAGUCAACUGGCAGACAACGAGUAGGGUCGUCUGUCCAACCUCGUGGGUUUGUUCCAGGUCCUCCGGUUUCCUCCCACUGCUAAAGACCCCUAUGCGCAAGCGAAUUAUUGAAUUAAAAUUGAACCAUAUGUUAGUCCCGAAAUGACUCAAUUUGUGUUGAGUGGACGUUAAACCCCCAUUGAUAUAAUAUAUGUUGUGUGAUAAUUUGUACUUGACAAAGCUCGUUGACAGUCAGUUGCCUUACAUGAACAAAAUGUAUGUUGUGGCAAUGCGUCUAUUAAAGAGGUAAUGACUCUAUUAAAGUCAGGAUAUUUGGUGGCAUUAAUCAUAUUAAUCGAAAAAUUUUAUUUUAAUAUACAGUACUUUGUUUAUCUCUCCAUUAGGGGGUGGGGAUGGCUGAAUCGUUAGCGUGUGCGCGUUGUAUUAUAAAGUCUGUCAUUGAAUCAACUGGUGUGGUUUCGAUUCCCCCGGUUGUACAUGACACGGAGUAGGAUUGCCUGUCCAACCUCGUGGGUUUUCUCCGGUUUCCUCCCACUGAUUCUAGAAAAGUGGUUCAUUUCAUUUCAUAACCCAACAAGUUGUGGUCUGAUCCCAGAAAAAUAGUUCAUUAAACCCCAUUUCAUUUCAUUUACCUACCAAGAAGUUGUGGCAGAUGCCAGAGAAGUAGUAUUCCCCAUUAAUCAGGCCAGGAAAUAACCGUUUUAGAUGUACCUGACCAAAAUGUCAGGCACUAAUCAAAUAGUACCUGACAUUUUCAAUUUAGUGCCAGACAUAAAUUAAUAAUGUCAAUAAAAAAAGACAAAUCAGUGCCGGACAAAAUGACAGGCACCAGAAGUUUAGUGCCUGACAAAUCCUGAUUCUGUGCCUGACAUUGUCUGUGACAGGUGCCUUAUUUCCAGGCUUGCCAUUAAUGUAAUGUAGUGUUUCCUAAAGUGGAUAAUUCUGAUGAAAUGAAAUGAAAAGGGUUUUUUUUAAACGUUCUACUUUUCUCCAGAUAAUUCUGAUGAAAUGAAAUAGGGUUUAAUUUAACGUCCUACAUGUACUUUUCUUUACCAACUGGGUUACGAGAAGGAUAAUUGUGAUGAAUUAAUAUGGCAAUGGUGAAACUAAAUGAUCAACAUCUGUCUGUCCGAUAAAAUCUAUCCCCAUUCAUACAUUUAUUGAUUUCCUCCAUGAUAAUAAACAAGAGUACGAUUUUUAUUUGUUAUAAUAAAUGUGAAUAUUAUAUAGCAAUUUAUUCUAUGCAAUGUAUAAAUUAACAAUAUUUCUUUGUUAAAUGUGAUAAAUGUCUGUAUACGUGUUUUUACAUACCCAUGAUUAAAGAUACAUUAUGGGAGAUUAGAUAAAGAGCUGGCAGUUCUCGUUAUAAUAGUUAAUAAUGAGAUAAUGUAAAUGGGAUUUGCUGAAAAUUUCAGUGUGGCAGUAUUUUGUUAUUAUUAAAGAUACAUUAUGGGAGAUUACAUAAAGAGCUAGCAGUUCUCGCUAUAGUAGUUAAAAACUAGAUAAUGUAAAGGGAAUUUGCUGAAAAUUUCAGUCGAAUUGAUCUACACUGAACUGAGAAUUUAGCGAUUGAAUUUUGGGACUAGCCUCGAUCAUCAUUACUAAAAUCGGUACGAUAAAAUACAUAGUCUCGAUUAUCCAUUUCUUGAUUUAGUCAUGAAUGAGAGUUUAGCAGCUGAUCGGAUCCUAAUCCAGUGAAUAUCGCAGGCUAGCAAUGACAUCGAGAGUUGAUGAUUAUGUUCUGUCUGGAUAAGUUAAUUAAUGUCUAAUUAAUAAUUUAGAUAACAUUUCAGGCCUACAGAAAGACCUGCAAUAGGCAGAUUUAGUUCUUUCAUAAUGUAUGUUUUAUAAUAAAAUUAAAAAAAUAUGAGUGAUGUGUAGCCAGACCAGAUUUCUCACAUGAAGUGGCUGGUUUAUUUAAUGUAAAUAUUUCUUGCCGUCACUAGUCAUCCAAAAUCCAUCCAUAUUCUGGGAGGUGAGGUUGGAAAAUGAAAUGAAAUGGGGUUUAACAUCCUACGGUUCUGCUCCUAAACUGGGCUAAUGAAGAUGGGCAUACGCCAUACAGUGUGCUAUGAGGGAAAUUUUGCCCGGGCAGCGGCACUAUCGCCUACUCUUAUAUCGAAUUCCAUCUGCCAAGGGAUCUUUUACGUGCAUUCCAAUGUAUACACAGGACCUCGGUUUUUCGUAUCAUCCGAAGGACUAGACAGGUUUAGAUCAUAAGGACUGUCAUUGGGUCAGGUGGUGUGGAUCCAACCCAGACCUUGUACGUGACAAGAGGAGGGUCAUCUGUCCAACAUCGUGGGUUUUCUCCGGGUCCUUCGGUUUCCCCCCACUGAGAAAGACCACCAAGGGCAAGCGAAUUAUUGAAAUAAAAUUGAACCAUAUGUUAGUCCUGAAAUAACCUAAUUUGUGUCGAGUGAACGCUAAACCCCAUUUCUCACACUUUCCAUAUUAGAAUUUCAAAAUCCAUGUAUGGUAUUUUUUUAUUUUUAACGUGGUCCAGUACAGAUAUUUUUAAAUCUGUUUUCCUUCUAUCUGGCCAGCAAUUAAUGGAGGAUAGUCUUGAUGUUCUUAAAUAUUUAGAUAUGAUCUCAUAUGUAAUACAGGUUGACCCCAAAAAAACAGAACCCAUAAAAUUUAUAUUAAAUCCUAAAAAAGAUCCAGUAAAUUUCAUAAAAUUUGCUGGACUUAAACAUCAGUCUGUGUACGAACAUUCCCCAAAGUUUCAGUUGUCUUGGUGGCUUUGCGUAAACUACUAAAAGUCACGUUCUUUCCAAAAAAUAUACUCAAACUCAAGUUAUACGUGACAAGGAGUUUUCUCCGGUUCCUACAGUUUCCUCUCACUGCUAAAGACCACUACGCGCAAUUGAAUUAUUGAAAUAAAAUUAAACCAUAUGUUAGUCCCGAAAUGAACUAGUCUGUGUCGAGUGGACGAUAAACCCCAUUUCCUUCACUCUCUCUAACUGAAGUUUAAGUCCAGCAAAUUUGUCCUUUGUAGGAAUUAAUAAAAAUUUUAUGGGUUCUGUUGGGGUUUUUUUUUAGGGGAGGGGGCACCCUGUACUUGAAAAAUCUCAUUUAAGAAUCUUCUGGUUAUGUUUAAAGCAUGAAUCUCGUUUUUUUUCCUGUAGGAAAAGCACAGAUCUAUGAAAUUAACUUUAAAAUGCAAUAGAUAUGUUAAGAUUUAGCUAAAAUUUAAAUUCAGAGCUGGUUGUUCUUGUUAUAAUAGUUAAAGAUGCAAGAUUUAGAUAAAGAGCUGGUCGUUCUUGCUAUAAAAGUUUAAAGAUACAUUAUGUAAGAUUUAGAUAAAGAGCUGGUCGUUCUUGCUAAAAUAGUUUAAAGAUCCAUUAUGUAAGAUUUUGCUGUAAUAGUUUAAAAAAAGAUAAAUGAAAAAUGAAUAUAUUUAAAGUUUCAGUCAAACUACUGCAUUCUGAGCAAAAUUAUGAUUGUGUGAAGUUUAGACAAGAACAGCCUAGUCUCAAUUAUCAUUGUUAUGAUAAUUUUAACAUUAACUGAUUAAAUGACGCAGAUGUAUCUAAUCCAUGAAAUAUCCAAGCCAACCGAUGAUCUAGAGAGAUUUAAUCGGAUUAGUUUGUAAUAUUGCGAUCUAAAGGACUUUCAUGUGUUUAUCUGCAGAUGUAUCUAAUCUACGUAAUAUCCCAGCCAACCGAUGAUCUUGAGAGAUUUAAUUGGAUUAGUUUGUAAUAUUGCGAUCUAAAGGUUUUCAUGUUUUUAUCUGCUAUAUUUUUUAUAAAAUAUAUUAGUUAUGAAUAUUAUUACACAAAAAUAUGAAUUUGUAAAUUUAUAAUCAAAUCUAGAAUUGUUAUGGUUGAUCUGUGUUGAAAUCUUUUUGAUAUGAAAUAAAAGUUAUUAUUAUUAUUA